AUAUGAAGAGACACAAAUAUAUGAUAUAAGAAAUGACAUACAUGAUGAUAAUAAUAAUAAUAAUAAUAAUGAUAAUAUUAACAAUAAUUAUAAUAAUAAUAAUAAGAUGAAUAAUCAAUGUGCUUCUCACAAUAAAGAAAUAAAUUCUAUAAAGGUAUAUUCAGACAAACCUAAUAAUCAUAGUAAUAUUCAUAAAAAUAGAAUACAAAAUAAAGAUUCAACUAAUACUUUUUCUACAUACACAAAUAAUUUAUCAAACUCAUUAAAACAUAUGAAUAAUGCUUUAUUAUGUAAAAAAAAGAAAAAAGAAAAUAAUAAUAUAAUAUAUGAUAAUUUAAUUACUAUUACUGUAUCAUGUGAUUCUUCUAUAUAUAAUAAAAAUCAAAAUAACACAUACUCUUCAUAUCAAAAUAAUAUUAAUUAUCCAUAUAUGAACCAAUCAAAUUAUUAUAUAGAAAAUAAAUUUCAAAAAACACUCAAUCCUUAUGAACUUGAACAUAUUUCAAAAAACUUACCACCCUUUUAUCAAUUACCGAAUGAACUUAAUAGUUGUGAAAUAAAUAAUAACAAAAUGAAAAGAAAAAAAAAUUGUAAUUCUCAAAAAAAUUUAACUUUAACAUAA